AUGUCAAAAUUGACCUCUAAAGGAAUGAUUUCUGUAUUGAAUGAUGAACCUAAAAUAGAAAAAGGAGUAUUAGUAUUAGAGCCUCGAAGACUUUUGAUCCUAGAGGAAAGGGCUCCUAAUUUUACAACCAAGAAAA